AUGACAUCAAAUAUUGCUGAGAGUAUAAAUGCUGCACUUGUUUCAGCGAGAGAAUUGCCUAUUUUUGAAUUUCUCGAACAGGUAAGACUAUUAUUUGGAAGGUGGAAUCAUGACUACAAGAAGGAGGCAACCUGCACAUUUACAUCAUUGAUUGGAAAAUACCAUGACAUACUAGCAGACAAUGAAGCAAUGAGCAUAAGAAUGACGGUUGUACCGUCAACGGAAUAUGUGCACAAUGUUAAUGAUGAUGGAAGAUAUUUUGUAGUCUGUCUGAAAGAAAAAACUUGCACCUGUGGAAGAUUUCAGUACGAGGAAAUACCUUGUGAACAUGCUUGGGUCGUAUUGAAGUGGAAGAGUCUACCACCAGAUGAAUAUUGCUCUGAUUUAUACAAGCCAAAGACUAUGUUGAAGGCCUAUAAUAUGCCUAUACAUCCUUUACCGGAUGUAAAAGCAUGGCUGAUUCCGGAUAGCGUACUUGCUGAUGAAGUAUUACCUCCAAAAUUUAAACGACCUCCUGGCAGGCCAGAGGGUAAGCCUCGAAAAAAAUAG